AUGUUCCUCUGGCGGGUCGGAGGUUUCCCUCCCAAACCUGACGGAGCGUGCAGAAAGCCCGGACCCAAUGGUCCCAAAAUCCCGGUGAACAGGAAACAUGCGUCGGAAUGUGUCCGAGCCAAGAACCGUCUCGAGCAGUAUGUACAUCCUGCGAGGAUCCCCGAAGGCAUCACGUACAUCGACCUUGCAAUCGACGCACUCCCCAAACUGGCUCGAGUGCCUGCAAGACCAGCCACCAUCGACCAGGAAAAACUGAGCAAAUGGCGUGCCAAACGCGAACGAAUCCUCAACAACAGACCAGCGAUCUGGCUGGAUGUCGUGGCGGUGUUGGAUGACAACGUAACCGAAUGUCUGUCGUGGACAACUCGCAGCGUCGUCACCGAAACUCGACUCUUUGAGAUCGUCAAUGCCUAUGGCUGGCCCGUCAUGUUCGAGACCCGCGAGCGAUUCAAGGCCCUGCUUUACCGACCGUCGCUGCCCAACGGCUCGUCGAUGCUGACGCUCAUGCAUCUGAUCCUGAGCAUGUCCUUCCUGGUCGACAACACCAACACCCGGUCGAUCUGUCCGGCCCUCGGUUCCCAGGCCGGGAGGAUCGCCGGGCGAGGGCUGCUGUACCUGACCCACAUCGGGUAUCUGCCACCUCCUCCGAACCCUCCGUCGCCGCUGAGACCCGAGGAGCACCCGCGGCCAACAUCUUCCGUCCCGACACCCACAACUAGCUCGGUGGUGGAGGACGAGGAUGAUCCUUCGUUUGGCGAUAUGCCCAAGACCAAGCCCAAUCCUGUUCCACCCGCCGACCCCUUCGACCCUUGGGCGCACCCUGUCGAAGCCUUCAUCCGGAUGGCCCGCGACGAGCCCGAUGCCCUCUGCAUCAACACCUACGAGAGCGGCGAGUCCGUGCGCUACUCAUACCGCGAUGUGUGGAAACAUGCAUACUCAAUCGCCCAGGCUCUCAAGGCGCUUCCUGGCUGGAACGACGACGGCCACGAUGCCGUCGGCACCUUCUGCGAAGGCGAGGCGCACUGGGUGUUCUUCUCGCUCGCCGUGUGGAUGCUGGGCAAGAAAACCCUCAACUUUGGUCUCAAACUUCCCUCACCGGCCCGCAAGACCCUUUGUACGAGACACUGCAUCAAGUACAUUCUCCAUCAAUGCACGAAGCCAGGGCGCACAGAGGGUGUCAAGCUACUUGACUCAUCCUGCUUCUCGAUCCUGGAUGUCAUUCCACCCCCUUCUCUUGAGCUCUGCGAACCUCUCGACGAGUUUAUUGUCUACCUAUGUACCUCAGGGACAACUGGUAUACCUAAAACGUUCAAAUUUUCUCAUUUCGGGGCGACAACGGUUCGAGCUUCCAUAAAAGAUAAUUACUCAAGCGUUGGAGUGACCCAGCCCCCUUCAUUCACAGCAAUAAUGGGAUGCUCUCUCUCGGCGCUCAACUUGAGAGGAUCACUGUGGUUUGGAAAACCUUCAUAUGACAAUGUGGAAAAAGUUGAAGGCAUCAUCAAGAUGAUGAAUGAAGGACUUCAGUUCAUGUUUAUGCCUCCGUCCUUCAUGAAGUUGAUUUUGGAUGUUGCUACAAGCCUUAAUCCGAAUAUCCAGUGGGAUGGAGUAAAACGUAUUCUCCUAGGAUCGGAAAUCAUUCCUCCUAGCAUUAUAAUCGAUACGAGAGAUCGAUGUCCAAAUGCUGAAUUGCAAUUCGUGUAUGGAUCAAGCGAGGCUGGGCUUGUUGGCGCAGCAGCGUACUUUCAACUUGCAGUAAACGAGCCGAUCACAUUUUCCAAAUUGAGAUACAAACAAACCAAUCCUAGUGUUCGAUGCCUUCUCAUCGAUGAUAGGGGCAACAUUCUCGACCAACACCAGACCAAGGAAGGAAUACUUGUGUAUGCGGUCGAUCCUAAGCAUCCAGCCAAGGAUCAUCCAAAUUUUACAACAUCUGAUCCAACCGAGAAGCUUGCGACAUUUGGCUUCCUCGUGGAUGGCUCGCCCCGAGUCUGCACCAUGGACUGGGUCGAGAUGGUUGGUGAGAACGAGUUCAGUGUUGUUGGAAGAUUCGACCAGAAGAUCAAAGUCAACGGUGUCUAUGUCGACUUGAACUACCUCAGGGAGCUUGUCCACAAGCACCUGUCCCAGGUCAUCGCCGAUUGCUACUUCAUCCACACCUCCGAGAGAAAGAUCAUCUUGCUCUACGUCCUUCAGAAAGGAUCCAAUCCCGACUUGAUCUCGGCCGAUAUCAUUCGAGUCGUCGAGGACAUGUUGUUGCUGCUGAACGUCUCCAAGUUCCCCAUCCACAACUGCCUCAGGCUCCACGAGCUCCCCUUCAACGACUCGGGCAAGGUCGAUCUCAAGAAGCUCAAGCGCAUCGCCGAGAACAUCGAGCAGUACGGCCAGGCAGUCGAUUACCCACCCCUCAUGGUCACCAGGACGUUCUUGACCAAGAUUGCCUUCAAGAUCUCCGAGUUCAGCAGCCAGAUCCUGGACAGUCCUGGUCUGUACGGUCGCAACUUUUACAUUGGCGGUGUCGGCUUUGACUCGCUGAGCAUCGGCCGCCUGGCCAUCGCCAUCAAGGAGGAGUACGGUGUCGAGAUCUCGCCAAUGAUCCUGCUGUCGAACAGCAUGAGUCCCAAGAAUGUCGCCCAGCUGGUCGUCGACAUUCUCGACGACAAGCUGGUGAUUCCGCCGACAAUCGAUCUGGCUGCCGAGGCUGCCAAACUCGACGAUGCGAGUGUGACGGCCGAGGGUUUCCCUCCGUUUGUCUAUCCCAAGGAGGUCCGCGGCAUCGUCCUGACGGGUGCAACCAGCUUCCUCGGAGCAUUCCUGAUCUUUGAGCUGGCACACAAGUUCCCUCGGGCCAAGAUCUACUGUCUGGCACGAACCGAGACCGAGAAACUGGCCUUCCUCCGCACCUACUCCAACGCCUCGAGGCUGGUGAUUGCAUCGCGGAACAAGAACGAUCCGUGGUAUGACGUGCGAGACCGGUGGGUUGGUCUGCGCGGCGACGUUUCCAAGGAGCGAUGGGCACUCUCGGACGAGCGAUGGAAGGAGAUUUGCGAAGAGACCGACAUGAUUGUGCACAACGCCGCCGAGGUGCACUGGCUCUACAACUAUAACACGCUCAAGGCAACAAACGUCCUCAGCACGGUGACGGUGCUGCAGCUGGCCACGACGCACCAUCUCAAGGUGGUGCACUACAUCUCGACCAUCGGGACGAUUGCCAUGGCCAAGGGCUCCGACAAGCCGCUCGAGGAGAAAAUGUACUCCAACUGGAACCUGUCGGGCGGCUACUCGCAGACCAAGUGGGUCUCUGAGCAGCUGAUCAACAAGGCACGAUCGAGGGGAGUGCCUGCAACCAUCAUUCGGCCAGCGAUGAUUGCUGGCGACAGCGGAUACGGAGUGUGCAACACAGACGACUAUAUCUGGCGAUACAUCGAGGGAUGCAUCAAGCUCGGCGUUUGCCCGGCAAACGCCAGUCCCGUCACUUGGACCAUGGAUCCCGUCGACCAUGUUGCCAAGGCGAUUGCCGAGAUUGUCAGCUCGGAGGAGGCGCUGUCCAAGUUUGUGUUCCACAUCAGCGACUCGGAGCACAGUGUCAUCACCGAGAAGCGUGUCUUUGAGAUUGCCGAUUCCGUUGGCUGGACCGUCCUGCAGGACACUCGCGAAAAGUUCAGGACCAUCAUCUGGCGCAACCCAUCGCCCGAUAACCACGCCCUGCUUGCGUUCAUGCGGAUGCUGAUGGACCUGUCCUUCAGGGUCGACAACACCAACACUCGCUCGAUCUACCCGACGCCGUGUCCCUCGCCCGAGCUGGUCGUCAGGAAGAGUCUCUUCCACUUGGAUCGGGUGUCCUAUCUCGACCAGCCCACGGCGGCGGAGACCGAGCUCAAGGACGAGGAGUAUCCCGAUGUCCGUCCCUUCACCCGCACCGGCCGCCACUGAUGUGUCUGUGUGCUGGCUGGGCGGCCGCCAUCGGUCGAUAGUGGGACAUUCGGCUGCCGUGGCCUCCGAGCCUCGAAUCAGGUUUCCCGUUUCUUGAACCCCGUUUCCGUUUCCGUUUCCGUUUCCCCUUUUCCGCUUUCCGUUUUACUCAACGUCCGUGAAUGAAACACCUCCACCUCCCCGCUUUGUUUCGUGGGCGAGGGCCUGCUCGGUCGUCUCAGUCCAGCUGUUCUGCAAGUCGUCAUCGCACAAACAACCAAUACACUGGCCGAGGUUUCAGAGUUCCUCCCUCAGUCCCCUCCUUGUGUCUGCGCCGCAUCGACCGGCCACUCUUGUUGUCGACCAGGUGCG